AUGCGAAGUGGAACACCAACGCUCCUAGUUGUUGCACCAUGGUCUUCUGAAAAGACACCUACCUGGGAGAAAGCCGCGCAAGAGAUGAUUGUGAGUUUGGCUGAGUUGUUCAAAGCAUCGUAUAUCAGCGAAGGCGAUAUCCAUGUCGAGAUCGUCACUCCGGAAUUUGAGCAGACGGUUUAUUUCGUCGCGCCCAACGACGCCUCCCUCCAUGGCAACUGGGACUGGGUCCGUGCUAAAGUCCAUGACUUCCUCCAGUCAUUCCAAGCAACUAGAGAUCGCUUGACACUUCUUACUCUCUUCCAGUACGGAGUGGUUCCAGAUCCCCAAGACAAUCCUCUUAUAAUCUAUAUCUCGGUGGACUUUGGUUCGGACGAGACAGGUUGGCACGAGGUCGUCGCUGAUAUCAAGAACAUGCUUCAAGGCGUGGAGGGAUGGGGUCAUGUACAGGUCCAUAUGGAGCACAACGAGGAUGGAAACCAGUUUUAG